AGAAAAAAAAAAAAGCUAAAUCAUAUAUAGAGCUCACAUAAAGAUAUAGAGCAAGCACUUGAGAUUAUCACCAUGAAUUUGAUGCAAAUAAUCUGUAAAAAAAGAUUGUUUCCCAUGAUGCCCACAAUCCUUGGAUUUAUUUCAUUCCUAUGUCUAACACUAACAGCAACCUCCCAAGAAAUAUCUUGGUCUAAAAAUGGUUGUCCGAAUAAGUGCGGAAAUAUCACCAUUCCAUACCCUUUCGGGGUUGGCCCUGGAUGCAGUGUAAAUUCUUCGUUUGCCAUCACCUGCGACAACAGCACCACCCCCGAAAAGCCCUUCCUGAGCAGCAUCAAUCGCGAAGUACUGAACAUCUCUGUCCAUGGUGUGGUCAUCGUAAACCAGCCCAUUUCACAAAUGAAUUGCUCAACUGAGCAGAGAGUGGGAUCACUGCCUGUGUCCCUUGAAGGAAGUCCCUUCACAAUCUCGCCACGCUACAACUCAUUGGCUGUACUAGGCUGCUCGAAUUCAGUGUGGCUGCUUGCUAAUGAAACAACCACACUUGGUGGAUGUAUGGCAAUAUGUCAAGCCAAUAGCCCCACCAAUGGCUGCGAUGGCCUCAACUGCUGCAAGGCCGAUAUCCCAGAAAGGCUACAGAGCUUCCAAUUUUGUUAUAGAAGCAUUCAAAGCAGCAGCGAUGGCUUAUGCGGAUACACCUUCCCCGUCCAUAAGAAUUGGUUCCGAGAAGAGUAUGGAAGGUACAGAGGCCUUCAGAUCAACCAAUCAUAUCCAUACGAUCAAGAAUUUGUAUCUGCACCACUUGUGCUUGAGUGGGAAUUCGACUACCCUGCAGUAAACAAUCUUUCUUAUUGCCUUAACUUGACCGAAUCUUCAACAAUAGUUAACCCUUACAAUUAUCACCUCGAACAUGAAUAUGUAUCUUCCGUAGGCUAUUGCUAUUGCAGAGAUGGCUACCAAGGCAAUCCAUAUGUUACAACUCAAGGAUGCAUUGACAUAGACGAAUGCUCACUUAAUGAAACAUACACAUAUAGAACAUGCACGGGGGGGGGGGGGAAAUUGCACCGAAAAACAAGGCUUCGCUACUGCCCAACAGGGACUUGCAUCAACAAAAUUGGGGGUUACGACUGUCGUCAUCCAGGUAGCACUACAUAUAAACGCAAUAUAGCCUUGAUCAGCAUUGGUAGUGUGCUUGGGGCGCUGCUUCUGCUCCUUUCAGCCUGGAAAGCCGUGAAGCUUACAAGGAAGAGGGUCAAGGCGAAACGCAGGCAAGAGUUCUUCAAGCGCAAUGGGGGCUUGCUACUGCAGCAGCAGCUCUCUUCAACUGAUAAAAGCCUUGAAAAGACCAAGGUCUUCACUUACAAGGAGCUGGCAAAGGCUACUGAUAACUACAACGAGAAUCGCAUACUUGGACAUGGCGGCCAAGGCACGGUCUACAAAGGAAUGUUAGCCGAUGGUAACAUUGUGGCCGUUAAGAAAUCAAAGAUGGUGGAAGAAGGCUAUCUGCAAGACUUCAUCAACGAGGUUGUCGUUCUCUCACAGAUUAAUCACAGGAAUGUGGUUAAAUUGUUGGGAUGUUGUCUGGAGACGGAAGUUCCUGUACUCGUCUACGAGUUCAUCACAAACGACACACUUUUCCGACACAUCCACAACCCGAGUGAGGAAUAUUUCCCCCUAUCUUGGGAGAUUCGGCUCCAGAUUAUGAGAGAAGUAGCCGGCGCUCUUGCUUACCUGCACUCUGCUGCAUCCGUGCCUAUUUAUCAUCGAGAUAUCAAGUCAACUAACAUUUUGUUGGAUGAUAAAUACAGGGCAAAAAUUUCAGAUUUUGGGGCAUCAAGAACGAUUUCUAUUGAUCAAACACACCUCACCACACGAGUUCUCGGGACCUUUGGCUACUUAGAUCCAGAGUACUUCCAGUCGAGCCAGUUCACAGAAAAAAGCGAUGUCUACAGCUUUGGAGUUGUUAUGGUCGAGCUUAUAACAGGAGAGAAGGCAAUAUCUUCUAUUAGAGCUGAAGUUGGGAGGAGUUUGGCUACUCAGUUUUUGCAUAUGAUGGAGGAAGAUAAAGUGUUUGAUAUUGUUGAUGAAAGGGUACUUAGAGAGGGGAAGAGAGAGGAAAUCAUGGGCGUUGCUCAACUUGCAAGAAGAUGUCUACAUCUCAACGGAAAGAGAAGGCCAACGAUGAAGGAGGUAGCUGUGGAAUUGGAAGGAAUCCAAAUACUUAAACUGAAACAAGAUUCAGAGUUGCAGCAAGGGAGCGAAGUUGUUGAGGUUCAUGAAGCAUACGACGACUUCUCUCGCAUCACAGACAGCAUGUACUUUGAUGCCAAUUCCAUCAACGCCUCCUCACAAGAAGAUAGUGAUCCAUUGCUAGAUUCACCAUGAAACUAAGGGCAACAGUAUAAAUAGUGCAUAUCAUAGUGCAAAUUUUCAUCAAAGUUAAAUAGUGUGUUUUGUAAGUGGAGAAAGUAUCUCACAUCGUUAUUUUAUAUACUA